AUGUUGGAGAGGUUUCUGGAGUUGGAGAAGUACCUACCUGGUGUCAUUCGAAAGUGCCAAAAGGGACUGUUUCCGGCUCCGUUGACCCACAGCCAAAUUGACACACUCCAGGAGCUUGUAGAAAUUAUGAGGCCUGUUGAAUCGGUGAUCAGGGAAAUAAGUGGAAGUCACUAUUCCACGUGCAGCGUAAUUAUUCGAAUCGUUUCCUGUCUGACAAAAUCAAUCAGAGCCAUGAAGCUCCUCACAGAUGAAGGAAUUAUGUUCCAAAAUAAAUUACUAGAAAAAAUCAACGAGAAGUUUGCGAAUGUUGAAGAUCACAAGCUCCUAGCGAUUUCCACCAUUUUGGACCCAAGAUUUAAAAAACUGCACUUCGAUCAUGCCCUUGCGGUAUCUCAUGCUGUCGAAAGGAUAAAUAAAGAAAUGAAGUCGAUGGGUAUUGAAGAUAGCGAGAAGAAGAAAGCCUCUAUAUACAAGUCCGAGGAUCCCAAGAGGUUCAGUUUGUGGAGGAGCCACGACGAAUUGGUUGCAAAAACCACGGACGAGGCUACUAAGGAUGAGCACUUGAACGACAAACUGCGACAAUACCUCAAGGAACAACCUAUUCCACGACACGAUGACCCAUUUAAACAUUGGCAAUCCCUUCGCCCUGCUUUCCCCACUGUUUACGAGGUGGCUAUGCCUUACAUAAGCAUUAUCAGCUCCUCUGUACCAUCGGAAAGGAUCUUCUCGGAGGCUGGCUACAUUAAGACCCUUGAGAGAAAUAGACUGACUGGUGAGCACGUCAAUCAUCUCCUAUUCCUCGGAGAUCUUCCAAGAGAAGAGUGGGACUUUUCAUGA